UAUAGGUGUUAUUGUUUUUCUGCUAUCUUAAUUUUCUCUUCAUGAUAAGUUUUUCUAAAAAAUUAUAGAUUUUUAAUCUGUUUAUUUUUUAACUGUACAGGAUAUUGACAGAACCUUCCAAGACUUCAAGCUCGAUAGUUGGUAGGCCUAUAGCCAGAUAGACAGUCUUCAUGUUCUCAGGAAAGAUGAUGAAAAGGCCUGAUAUUGCAAGGAAAAUCCUUUACCAGUACACAUCCAAAAUAUUUUUGGAACCAGUUCAACCAAAGGUUUCUAAAAGUAAACCAUUUCAUAAUGGCUGUACGAAAAGUGUUGUUGUGCAUUAUCGUACACUUUUGUACUCUGUGAGAUCUCUAAGCUCAGACAAAGUUUCAAAUGACCAAAAAGUCAAAUCUUCAUCGCAAUCGCAACCUGAUCCCCUGAACCCAGAUGUAAAAGUCAUUGAGCCGACCAAAUCGGCUGAAGAUAAACAACAAAAACCGCCAAAAGGUGAUGUUCCUGGUGAAAAACCAACUGCCAAAGCAGUGUUGCAGGAAUUUCAAGAAGAUGUCAAAAAGAUUACCACCAUGGAGAAAGAAACAGUUUUAGCCACCAAAACCAAGAAGCCUGAUGGAAAACCAGAUCCCUUUUCAGAAAAGGAGAAGAAAAAGUCAAUAAUCCAGGAAGCAGUGGAAAAAGUGACUAAGAAGAGAAUGAGGGUAGAUUUAACCGCAACAUCUGUGGCGAGGAACUUCAUCACUCCAGUCAGAGCAAUGUCUGACUUCCUUCUUAAACCUUCAGACCUUGAGAACUUGAGGGCCACUAAACGCAGAUCACCCUAUGAGAAUGAACCACCCAUAACCGUGUAUUGGAGGAAGGACGUCGAGGAAAAGGCCUUUGAAGUUUGGGGCUCGAAGGAGAUUUUAGAGAAAGAGUUACUUAAGAGGGAUUUAGAAAGGCGGUUUUACCAACAAAGCACAUUCACUGCCAAGCGGAGACUGAGAGAUUUCCGCAGAGAGAGAGACCACCAGCGAGAGCUGGAGAUGGCGCAGGAGGCAGGACUAUUUGGUCCGUCGGGUCGGGUCGUACUUACUGCCAUUGCAAUCAAUGGCAGUAACUUUCUUUUCAAGACGUUAGCUUGUGCAUUCACUGGGUCACACGUCAUGUUCUCCGAGGCUGUACAUUCUCUGGCUGACACCAUCAACCAACUCAUCCUAGCCUACGGGAUACACAAAUCUGUACAGAGGGCAGACUCUGAUCACCCGUACGGCUACACCAACAUGAAGUAUGUCUCCUCCCUCAUCUCUGGCGUGGGCAUCUUUUGUAUAGGCACAGGACUGUCUCUGUAUCAUGGAGUCAUGGGGCUGGUGGAGCCCUCUGACUUGGUCAACUACUACUGGGCUUUACUGAUUCUCGGAGGUUCCCUGGCCUCGGAAGGAGCCACUCUGCUGGUCGCUUACAACAACAUUAAGAAAGGAGCUGAGAAAUGCAACAUGACCUUCUCCGAAUAUGUUCUGAGAGGCACUGAUCCCAGUGUCAACGUAGUGCUACUAGAGGACUGUGCUGCCGUAGUAGGUGUAGCUACUGCUGGCGUGUGUCUGAUGUUGUCCUCCUACUUCAACUCUCAUAUACCUGACGCUAUUGGCUCUCUCAUCGUCGGAGGGAUCCUGGGAUGUGUGGCGUCUUUCAUCAUCUACACCAAUAUCGCUGCUUUAGUUGGCAGGUCAAUCCCUCACGAGUAUCUGGAGAAGAUCAACAUGGAGCUGGAGUCUGACGUAAUGAUACGAGCGAUCCACGAUGUGAAGGGUAUAGACAUGGGCAACUCACUCAUCAGAUACAAGGCUGAGGUGGACUUUGACGGACGGGAGCUGACGAGGUCCUACCUGGACAAGCAGGACCUAAACACCCUACUGGAGGAAGUGAAAAACUUCAAAAACAUCGAUGAAUUUGAAGGAUUUAUGCUGAAACACAGUGAAAACAUAGUGGACAUGAUGGGAGGUGAAAUCGACAGGAUCGAAAUGAAACUCAGGAAAAAGUUCCCCGAUGUGAGGCAUUGUGAUUUAGAGAUCUUGUAAGGCCUAAAAACCUGGUGAAGCGAAUGCUGUGAUAGAAAAAUGAAUAUGCUGCAACAAAGAUGCCGUUGGAACGGCCAAAGUUGACUCCAGAUGAAGUGAAACUCAUCUUGUAAAUCCGAGCUGCGACUUGUCCAGCCAUUUUUUAUAAGUUACCUCUAGAGCCACAAGUUGUGUGAAAGUGAAAUGAUUAUAGAUAUAGUACUAACUUAUUUUGUAAUAUUAACUGUACAGCUUUAUUAUUUUUGUACAUAGUGGCAAUAUAUCGAGUGGGUGUUUUAUUUAAUUUAUCAGUAGACUGGUUUUAUUUACGUAUUUAUUUUGUCAUGAGAGCUUUAUUCAGUAUUAAUUAUAGACAUUUUUAUAACCAUCUAACUAUAUAAUGUGUUUAUAGCUAAGCUAUUGUUAAUCAAUGUGAAUAUCAGCUUGAAAGGUAUAGUUAUUAAUUUUUUUUUGUAGCACUAACAUUUUGGAUUUUUAAGGGUUAGUCUUAUAAUUAAUCAUACUUACAGUGCCUAAAAUAGUUCUGUGGUAAGUACAUGCAAACCGUUGCCGAGAUUGAAGAGGCUUAAAAUAGAAAUCUGAUAUAAUUGGUUACCCUACUUGCCACGGUUUUGUUAGUCAAACGUGCACUAAAGCAAAAGUAAAUAGAGAUAAUACUACUGCACUAGUUUUUUUGUAAUUUCACUACUACAUUAAAUCUAAUAGUAGGUAGCAUAAUCCUACUAUUUUAAUAUCAUCCAAAAUGUAAGCGAAACAUUUUUCUUUCUUUCUUGUAAAGUGUUAAAAAUAUUAUCAAAUGUGUUUUUCUUUGUGGAGUGUUUUAGUUAUAAUGUUUUGCCUUAAAAUAGAUCUUAGUGUAAAUGCUGCUUAAAUGGUUGAUAUUUUAAGACAAAAUCAUUCCAGUUAAGAAUAUUUGUCUAGAGUAAUCAUGCUAUAACAAAUUUCAAAUAAGUCCAAUAGUUUACAACUAAUAAUAUAUAUAAAGUGAUUUUGAAAGAAAUGUCAUAUUUUUUCUUGAAUUUCAACUUUUUUAAAUGCUUUGUUUAAAAGCAUAAUGGACUUUUUGUCCUAGGACGCUAGGCACAAGUUUGGGAUUGUUUUUCACAUUACUUCAGGCUAGACCUAGGGGUUGCGGUAAUAUCACUUAGGAAAAAUCCAUUGGUGAUUUGGCGGGAUUUAAACCCGGGACCUCAGGGACUAAAGUCCCGCGCUCUAACCACUAGACCAACUCGCUACCCCCCAAAAAAAGUAUAAUGGACUAAGAACUAUGGAAACAAUCAUGAAGUAUUGCAUCCUAGUGUUGCCUUUAAACCUAAACUUAUGUUUUGGUACCUGAUGCGUCACUGUUUUGGAAAUAAAAGAAACACAAUUAAUUCAACUGUAACUUAAUGGUGUGAUUAAUAAAUAGUAUGAAUGAAAUGAGUGGACUUUAUAAUAAAGCACAUGCCCUUUACAGUUUUGUACUUGGUGUAUUUACAUCAAGUUCAGUUGGUACUUUGACUUGAUCUAAAAUAAAUAAGAAAUACUAGAUUUUUAAACUAUUACAUUUAUUUGAUUGAUAAUCGAGCUUGCUACUGUAAGUUAAUCGUAAAUAGGGUUUACCCACUGUUAACGUUACCUAUGUAUUUAUUGAUAAACUUGUUAAGACAAUUUUCCCCUCCAAUCAAAGAAAUUAACUUCAUUAUUUUGUAUGUUAGCAGCCAAUUAAUCCCUAUAUUAUAUUUACAAACAAAUUCACAAUCCCAAACAAGAGAAUAAUUUUAUAGCCCGGUUCAGAUGAGGGUCCAUAUGAGCAGACCAGUGUCAGACUGUUUCCAUUUUUAAAUGAACAGUAUAACCAAAACUGACACAUACUUUCUCCUAUUAGCUUGUCAUCAACUCUAAUCAUGGAGCAAGCGGUUGGAGAAACAAUGGUAUUUUAUGGGUAAAAUCGCCAAAGUAGGAAUAAUUUUUUAAUCGUUAAUUUUUACAGCAUUGAGGGUUGUGAAGUUUUUUUUUAUUUAUCUGUUAUUUUAAGUGAAAAUCACCAUUAAAAUCAAAAUUUCCGAAAAAUUAAAAAAUAACCUGGAUAUACUGUGGAUUGGUACCCUCAUACCAAAUUUCAUCAACAUCACAUGUGUGGUCUGUAUCUCUGUACACUUCCACACACACAGACACAGGCAUCACUUCAAAAACCACUUUUUUGGGUUCAGAGGGGCCCAAAAUAGAUAUUCCCACCCAAAACUACAACUCAAUUUUACAAACAAGAAUUUUACAAAAUCAAUACUUUCUCCAUAUUA